AUGAUCCUGUUGUGGGUUACACUGCUUGUUCUUCAUCAAGGAUAUUCACUAGUUCCAGUUACCACAGUUAGACUUGGUGAACCUGCAACCUUCACGUGUGCUCUCCAUUAUAAGAAGAUUGACCGUCCACAGAUCGACUGGUACAAGCAGAGUGCCGGGGAAACUCUGAAAUUAGUUGUGACAAAGCGUGAAUCUACAAAACCUGAGUAUGCACCAGAGUUUUCUGAAUCAAGAUUGGAAAUGAACAAUGAUAACAAUUUUAGCAACCUGACCAUUCUGAGGACAAUCCAAGAAGAUGAGGGAAUGUAUCACUGUGCAUCCACGGAGCGGUAUACAAGUCCUGUAUGGAGUGGGACAUAUUUGUUAAUAAAAGGAAACACUCAGAGGACAUCAAACUACACUGUUGUUCAGUGGCCGACAGUAUCUGAUCCAGUCCGUCCAGGAGACUCUGUGACUCUCCAGUGUUCAGUCCUCUCCGACUCUGGGAACAAGACGUGUCCAGGAGAUGACAGUGUGUUCUGGUUCAGAGCUGGAUUGAAUAAAUCUUAUCCGGACAUCAUCUACACUGAUGGAAGAAGACAUGAUGAAUGUGACAAGAGAUCUGACACUCAGAAGAGUUGUGUUUAUCGCUUCUCUAAGAACAUCAGCUCCUCUGAUGCCGGGACUUAUUACUGUGUUGUGGCCACAUGUGGGGAGAUUUUAUUUGGAGAUGGAACUAAACUGGACAUUGAAGGAACCAGCGUGUGGUCACAGAAGGCCAACACAAUUAUUUUCUCUGUUAUCUCGGCCAUAAGUCUGAUUGUUACAGCCGUCCUCAUUUACGCCAUCAAGAGAAACAGUGCUGCUGUUGCUGAGCAAAAACACAGUGGUGGUCAGAAAAUUCCACAGAGAGAUGAAGACAGAAGUAUUUAUUCUGCUGUCGUCUUCACUGUGAUGAAAACUGGAUGUGGUGCGAUAAAGGAUUCAAAAGCAGCAGAGAGACAGAGGAGCUACGCUGCUGUCAAGGCUUUUGGGUUGGAUUAGUGAGUUAACAGGUCUGUUUGCCAUCAGUUGGUACUGUAUGUUAGUCUGUUUGGAGCUAAAGGGUUUAUCUGAGGUAAUGCUGUAAGUGUUAGUCUAUAUAUCACUUUGACUAACAUUUAACUUGUGUCUCUUUCAUGCAAAUGUGUACAGUUAAAAGUUAUAUAGCAGGGUGCCCUGAUGGCAUAUGGAUCGGGUAAAGAACACAAACAGCAACAGCCCUGAUUCAUGUCCAGCUGGAAAACGUUUUUUAAAUUUCAUUAUUUACCUCUCCCUCAUUUUCUAUCCUCUCACUAUUGCAAUUCAAAAAGGACAAAAAUGCCUCCCUCCAAAAAUUGCUUAAACAGAAAAUGGCAAAGUAAUUUGUUUUUUUCCAGUAAAAUCUGUCUAUGACAACUAGGAUAUCCUCAAUUUUGCUACAAAAGAAAAAAGAAACUAAGUUUCCGUUAAGAUGGAUAUUACAUAUAAAUAAUAAGGUUUCUAC